AUUACAGACACGUGCCACCAUGCCUGACUAAAUUUUAUAUUUUUAGUAGAGGUGGGGUUUUGUGAUGUUGCCCAACCUCGUCCUGAACUCCCAGUCUCAAGUGAUCCACCCCCAUCGGCCUUCCAAAGUGUGGGGAUUAUAGGCGUGAGCCACUGCUCUCAGUCCUGGACCAUUAAUUUUUUAUGGUAAGUCCAACUUUUUUCAAGUUAACAGCUCUGAUUUGCUGUAUUAUAAAUGAAUGGAUGAGUAUAUAUGUCAUUUGGGAACAUUAUUUCCAACUUUUGGUUGAAGAUUUGUUUUAUCACUUGUGGAACAUUUUUGUUUUUUCAUUCUCAGCAAUAUCAGUUUAGUUUAAAGAACAUUUCAUUCACUAGUUAAUAUUUUAUCCAUCAAUGCAUUUCCUGAGUACCAACUUUCUAUCAAAUGCUGUGCUGGAUUCUGAGGCUACAAAGAGAAAUAAGACAUCAUCUCAGGCCUCUAAAAUCUCACAGACUGGGGACUGACAUCUCAGUAGUAAACACAUGAAUAGCAACUUAUGAAAUGCCAUUAGUAAAAUCUCAAGUUAUAUUCCUCAGUGAGUAUGGCCAUCCUAAAAACGGGGAUGUCUUCAUGAGAUGAAGCCUUAUGGGAAAUUGCAUUUUAAUCUAAUCGUGUCUUGCUAAGAACAGAAGUGAAAUGUCUCAGCCUCUGUGUGUGCAUUUGUGUGGGUGAAGGUUGGGUUUGUGAUGAUGGAAGGAACUGGGAGAUUGCUAAGUAGGAUCUAUGGGGGGCCUUAGAUCGUCCUGGUAAGCCCCAACUUUCUGGUUAUGUAUUUGUGUAGAGUGUGGGGGUGACAAAGAUUGUUUUUUAAGAGUUGAUUUUAGAUUUUUUCCAAGUAAAUGAUCAACUGACUUGGAGCAUCAUUAUUCCACUUGCUUUGAAAACCCAAUACUCAAGACUCCUUCCUGUCAUGGCUUAACUCUUUCUGAUCAAGUAUUACCCUUUUUGAGCAUUUACUUGUCAGUUACAGAUGCUAUGUUAGAUGUUGUCUCUCGUGUUUUCUUGUUUAAUCUUUACUUUGAUUCUAGGUAGCUCUUAUUAGUUUCACUUUAUAGGUAAGAAACUGAAGUUCAGAGACUUUAAUAAACUUGUUCAAGAUCACACAGUAAGUAACUUGGUAGUUACUUACUUAAAUUCUGAUUCUUCAAUUUUUUUUUGUUGUUGUUGUUGUUUGCUUGUUUCCAGGCCUCACUGCUGUUUUCACCAUUCCACACCACUUCAAUUUUCAUUGAGGUCUUUAAAUGUACCCUUCAUCAGCCAAAGCCUCUUGCCUCCCUUCAAUAUAACUCUUCUCUAGCAUGUUCUUAAUAAUCUUCUGAAAAGGCUUUACAGCCUUCCUGGGUACUAGGACCCAGAUUCUUAAUCCAGGCUCUUCGAUGCCUUAGUUAACUGUAAAAUGGAAAAUCAAACUCUCAGCCUAUCCAGGAAAAAUGAGUUUGGGAUGUGAAUUUCCUGGGCAACUUGUCAUCUCUUUUUCACUUCCUUAGCUUCAUAAACUUACCCACAAUGUUCCCUGAGGACUAAGAGUAGUGGAGGAUGAUGAGGAAAGGCUUUCCUCCCUUCCUUUCCAAGAGUCCUUUAGCCAAAUGCCACACCUCCUGUUUCCCUAAUCUUCGUGCAGAGAUAGAGGUGGGAGAUAGACAUGGAUUCCUUUCAGUCCUGAGUUCAUGCCAGGCUUUUCUUUCCCUCUAGCUGGACUGAGGUAGGAGGAGAGAUUGAAUGUCUACCAAGAUGACCACGAGUGAAGAAGACUAAGGUACUUGAAAGAGCAGCAGACAUAUGCUUAAAAUACCAGAAUUUGUGUCCAGACUUUGUAGGCUACUAUCUGUAUAAUUCUGGGCAAGUCAACAGUUCGGAGUCAGAAUUUCCUCAUCAGCAUAUUGGAACAUAAAUUCUAAUUAUGUAGAUGAAACAUUAAGUCUAGAAGUAUUUUGUAAAUUCAGAAAGAUCUUAUAGAUUUGAAGUGUAGCUGUUUCGAUUAUCAGAGACUAAAUCCCAUACUUCAGGAAUAAAAUCCUGUCCUGUUUUUUCUAAAAGCCUGUGCAUGUGUGGUGUAAGGGGUGGGUUUUUCUUUUCCCCUGUACCAGCCACUUUGCAACUGUAGUAACUGGGGACUGAGGACAGUGACCUGCUUUUGUAUUGAGCAAGUGUGAAAAGAGGGUUAUGCAUCAGGGGUCAGCAGAUGGCAGGCAGAGUAGCCCCUCCAAAUCUCCCUCCCACACCACAAAGCCCUCUUAUUUAUUCAAAGUUAACAUUAGAAUCUCAUUUCAAGUAGCCAUGUCUGUGUCUGGGCAUAUUUUUUCUUUCCUUGUGUACAGCAAGCAUUUGUCAACUUGGUGAAAAGCAUUACUCUUCUUUCCAUUUCCAAGGACUAAUCGUGCUUGUUCACUAGACAUGCGUUCAAAACAGUGGAUUGAAAGAGCGCAAGCUUAUAGCAAAGAAUCAGAAAUAGUCAGAAUUUCGAGAGGAUUCUAGAGGUCAGUUCCUUUUUGUAUGGAUUGAGCAACUGAAACCCAGACAGGAAAGGGGAUUAAACCAAAUUCAGAAGCACAAUCACAUUACUGGCACAUUCAGAUUGGAAAUCUAAGGCUUCUGCUCCCAGGUCAGAACCAAAUGUCGUUUCUAGCUAUGGUAUUCUUUGAUCUCAGUGAUUUUGACUCUUUCUACUACAUAAGAGUGACAGUGGGUUCUGAGGUACUGGCUCCAGUUGAAGUGGGAGUAUGUACCAGCCACUCCCCUUGUUUCUUUUCUGGUGGCCUGGGAGUGUGAUCUCUCUAUGUGAUAUUUUCACACUACUGUCCUUAUUUAAAUCACACUUGAAUCUUGCCAAUUAACAAGACAGUAAUUGGCAUCAGAAGGGUAGGUUAGUUUGCUUAUCUUUACCAUCCCCCCUCUUCCCAACCCAGUGUGCAUUGCAGAAUGUUUUAUCAGCUCUGAUUUGCUAAAUUGCUCUCUUCUCCAGUAGGUGCUGCGAGCAGAGAGGGAUUCCUCAGAGGUCACCUGCUUCAUCUUUUUGCCUAUGCGAAUGCCUGCCUCAAGCUGUUGGAGGCUGGCUUUGUACCGGACUUUGUACAGGGAACCAGGGAAAUGAAUGCAGAAUGCUCCUGACAUUGCCUGUCACUUUUUCCCAUGAUACUCUGGCCUCACAGUUUGGAGACUGCCAGGGACCAUGUUUUGCCCAUUGACUAUUACUUUCCACCCCAGAAGACCUGCCUGAUCUGUGGAGAUGAAGCUUCUGGGUGUCACUAUGGAGCUCUCACAUGCGGAAGCUGCAAGGUCUUCUUCAAAAGAGCCGCUGAAGGGAAACAGAAGUACCUGUGCGCCAGCAGAAAUGAUUGCACCAUUGAUAAAUUCCGAAGGAAAAAUUGUCCAUCUUGUCGUCUUCGAAAAUGUUACGAAGCAGGGAUGACUCUGGGAGCCCGGAAGCUGAAGAAGCUUGGUAACCUGAAACUACAGGAGGAAGGAGAGGCUUCCAGCACUACUAGCCCCAAUGAGGAGACAACCCAGAAGCUGACAGUGUCACACAUUGAAGGCUAUGAAUGUCAGCCCAUCUUUCUAAAUGUCCUGGAAGCCAUUGAGCCAGGUGUGGUGUGUGCUGGACAUGACAACAACCAACCCGACUCCUUUGCAGCCUUGCUGUCUAGCCUCAAUGAACUGGGAGAGAGACAGCUUGUACAUGUGGUCAAGUGGGCCAAGGCCUUGCCUGGCUUCCGCAACUUACACGUGGACGACCAGAUGGCUGUCAUUCAGUACUCCUGGAUGGGGCUCAUGGUGUUUGCCAUGGGCUGGCGGUCCUUCACCAACGUCAACUCCAGGAUGCUCUACUUCGCCCCUGAUCUGGUUUUCAAUGAGUACCGCAUGCACAAGUCCCGGAUGUACAGCCAGUGUGUCCGAAUGAGGCACCUCUCUCAAGAGUUUGGAUGGCUCCAAAUCACCCCCCAGGAAUUUCUGUGCAUGAAAGCACUGCUACUCUUCAGCAUUAUUCCAGUGGAUGGGCUGAAAAAUCAAAAAUUCUUUGAUGAACUUCGAAUGAACUACAUCAAGGAACUCGAUCGUAUCAUUGCAUGCAAAAGAAAAAAUCCCACAUCCUGCUCAAGGCGCUUCUACCAGCUCACCAAGCUCCUGGACUCUGUGCAGCCUAUUGCAAGAGAGCUGCAUCAGUUUACUUUUGACCUGCUAAUCAAGUCACACAUGGUGAGCGUGGACUUUCCAGAAAUGAUGGCAGAGAUCAUCUCUGUGCAAGUGCCCAAGAUCCUUUCUGGGAAAGUCAAGCCCAUCUAUUUCCACACCCAGUGAAGCACUGGAAGCCCCCAUUUCCCCAUCCCACUCCGUACCCUCUUUCAGAUGUCUUCUGCCUGUUGUAACUCUGCACUACUCCUUUGCAGUGCCUUGGGGAAUUUCCUCUAUUGAUGUACAGUGUCAUGGACAUGUUUCUGAGUUCUAUUUGCUGGGAUUUUUUUUUCUUUGUCUCCUUUCUUUUUCUUCUUCCUUCCCUAUCUGACCCUCCCAUGGCACCUUCAGAUUUUGCUCCCCGUUGUGGCUCCUAUCUGUGUUUUCAAUGGUGUUGUAUGCCUUUAAAUCUGUGAUGAUCCUCAUGUGGCCCAGUGUCAAGUUGUGCUUGUUUACAGCACUACUCUGUGUGCCAGCCACACAAACGUUUACUUAUCUUAUGCCACGGGAAGUUUAGAGAGCUCAGAUUAUCUGGGGAAAACAAAAACAAAAACAAGCAAACAAAAAAAGGCAAAAACAAAACAAAAAAUAAGCCAAAUAACCUUGCUAGUGUUUCUUCUUCCUCAAAAAUAAAUAAAUAAAUAAAUAAACAUAUAGAAAUCCCCAAAGAGGCCAACAGUAACUAGAAGGUGAAAAUUGCAGGCCCAUGGGGAGUUACUGAUUUUUUCAUCUCCUCCCUCCACGGGAGACUUUAUUUUCUACCAAUGGCUAUUGCCAUUAGAGGGCAAGGUGACCCCAGAUCUGAGUUGGGCAGUGGAGUGGACAGAGAGAGGAGAGAACAAGGAGGGAAGAUAGAUCUCAGUACCUGCCCACAGCCUUGGCCCCUGGGGGCUAGACGGCUCAACUAUAGAGCAAUUCAUUAUACUGAAAAUGUGCUUGUUGUUGAAAAUUUGUCUGCAUGUUAACGCCUCACCCCCAAACCGUUUUCUCUCUCACUCUUCUGCCUCCACCCUCAAACUGACUUUCAAAAGUUUUUCUAAGACCUUUGAACUGAACGUUCUCUUUAGCCUAAACUCGGCGACUUUCACCGAAGAGUCAGUCCACUGAGAAGGAGAGCAGAAAUUUAACCGUUUCUAGGGCCCCACUUGGAUCCAGGUUUGCUUUCUCAUGUGUCAGUCAGGAAGAAGCUGAAGUCAGAGGGGAAAAAAAUAGACUUUGGCUGUUCUCCUGCUUAGGACACUGACUGAAUAGUUGAACUCUCACUGCCACUACCUUUUCCCCACCUUGAAAAGACCUGAAUGAAGUUUUCUGCCAAACUCCAUGAAGCCACAAGCACCUUCCAUCCUACCUAUAGUGUUUUGUGGGCCUGAACUUCAUCACACUGCAUUUCAGCCGUGGUGGUGAAGCCUGUUCACUUCUUUUGGGCAUGUUCACAUGUUGUCUAUUAGGAGCCCCCACCACCCAGAAGGUGAGCAGGCCAACAGCUCUGACAUCUGUCUGCAGAUGCCAGUAGUCGCGAAGACUUCUUACCAACUGUCAGAUUGCUGGAGCCCUUAGACAAACUGGAAAGAAGGCAUCAAAGGGAUCAGACAAGCUGGGCGUCUUGCCCUUGUCCCCUAGAGAUGAUACCCUCCCAGCAAGUGAAGAAGUGUUCACUUCCUUCUUUAGAGCAGCUAAAGGGGCUGCUUAUAUCAGCGUUGAAGAGAAAACUCCAUUACCAGGGUGGGACGACUGAAGGCAUUAGAAGCAGAAACUACAAAUGCUCUUCUUGCCACCCAGCAUAUACACCUGCAGAAGUCAAGAGAAUAGAGAAGGAACAAAGAGGAGACUCCGACUACUAAAUUAAAACCUUCAGCAGCAAAGCCUAAAGCCAGAUGGACACCAUCUGGUGUGUUUACUCAUCAUCCUCCUCUGCUGCUGAUUCUGGGCUCUGGCAUUGCCCAUACUCACUCAGAUUCCCUACCUUUGUUGCUGCCCCUUAGUCAGAAGGAGGCUGAACCAUUGAGACUUUCUACAGUACAAUGACUUAUUUUGGAAAGGUCUGGUUGGUGCAGCUUCAAUACAUUGCCACCCAUGAAAACUCAGGGUGUGCCCCUGGGACAGUGAUUUUAUAUAGCCUUUUGGCACACCUGUGUUCUUGUUGACUUCAUUCUCCAACCCCAAGUGCAAGAGAAAAUGUCCACCUACUUUCUCAUCUUGGCCACUGCCUUCUUACUUAGCUCUUAAUCUCAUCUGUUGAACUCAAGAAAUCAAGGGCCAGUCACCAAGCUGCCCAUUUUAAUUGGUUCACUCUGUUGAGAGAACAGUUUCUGAGUGACAUGAUAUGAUCCACAAGGGUCUUUUCCUUCACUGAUUUCUUCAUUGAUAUUAAUAGCCAAAUGAACUUGCAAAACAGCUUCUUUAAAUAACAAGGCAGAGGGGAACCAAAGAUGAGCAAUAUGCCAAUCCAAGACUGCUGGACAAAACUAAAGCUGACGGGUUCCCUUUCUGGGGUGGAAUAGACACAUUCUGGUUUUCUUUAUUACUACACCAUCUGGCUCAUGUACAGGAUCACUUUUAGCGAUUUUAAACAGAAAAAAAUGCACCACUUUUUUCAGUUACACUAGGUUACAUUUUAAUAGGUCCUUUACAUCUGUUUUGGAAUGAUUUUCAUCUUUUGUGGUACAUGACUUGAAUUAUAUCAUUCUCAUAUCUCUCCUUGUAAAUACUAGAAGCUCUCCUUUCCAUUUCUCUGUCAAAUUUUUCAUCUUUAUGGAUUUCUCAAUUAUGAAUCUUGUCUUUAUGAAUAUAUAUUUUUCAGUUGCAAAAGCUAAAAAUCAGUGAAACAGCAGUGUAAUUAAAAGCAACAACUGGAUUACUCCAAAUUUCCAAAUGAUAAGACUAGGGAAAAAGAGCCUACAUAGGACUUUAGGCCUACUCUUUCUGUGCUUGGAUUUGAGUGAACAUAGGAAAUUUUAGCUUGGCUGUGUUCUCCCAUGGAUGAAAGGGAGGAUUUUUUGUUUUCUUAUGGCCAUUGAUGUUCCAGCCAGUGUAAUUGACAGAAGUCUCAUUUUGCAUGCACUCUGCUCUACAAACAGAGUUGGUAUGGUUGGUAUACUAUACCCACCUGUGAAGGACUGGCCACUCAAACCCACUUACCUGGUGAGCUAGAAGAUGAGGAUCACUCACUGGACAAGUCACGGGGACCAUCUCCAAACAAGCUGGCAGUGCUUGAUGUGGACACAGAGUGAGGAAUAGAAAAAGAAGGAGCACCACGGAAAAGGCCCUGUCUAUGCUGAGCAGCAGACAGCUGCCAGGGCCAUGAACUAUGUAGUCAAAGAAAAGAGUCAUGUGGCAGUUUCAGCUCUCAUUCAUUGGGCAGUUCACCUGGGCCUGGCCUCUGAGCUGACAUGGGAGUUGUUGGAUUCUUUGUUUCACAGCUUUUUCUAUGUCAUAGGCAAUAUUGUUGUUCUUGGAAAGUUUAUUAUUUUUUUUAAUUCCCUUACUAUGAGAAAGGGAUAUUUUGAAGGACUGUCAUAUAUCUUUGAAAAAAGAAAUUCUGUAAUACAUAUAUUUUUAUGUACGUUCACUGGCACUAAAAAAAAAGUAGAGAGAGCUUCAUUCUGUCCUUUGGGUAGUUGUUGAGGUAAUUGUCCAGGUUGAGAAAUAAUGUGCUGAUGCUUGAGUCCCUCUCUGUCCAUGCUCUACUUCUAAAUACAUAUAGGCAUACACAAUAAGUUAUAUUUGACUUGUACUUCAAGAGAAAAUAUGUCCACCAUCCACAUGAUACUGACACAAAUGAGCUAAUAUUGAGCUUCAAGUAGCUUCUAAGUGCUUGUUUCGUUAGGCACAGCACAGAUGUGGCCUUUCCCCCUUCUCUCCCUUGAUAUCUGGCAGGGCAUAAAGGCCCAAGCCCCUUCCUCUGCCCCUUCCCAGCCCUGCACCAAAGCUGCAUUUCAGGAGACUCCCUCCAGACAGCCCAGUAACUACCGGAGCAUGGCUCCUGUAUAGCCCUGGAAAAGUAAGAGGCUGGCUGUCUAUGAAUUAUCUUGUGCCAGUUGCCCAGGUGAGAGGGCACUGGGCCAAGGGAGUGGUUUUCAUGUUUGACCCACUACAAGAGGUUAUGGGAAUCAGGUAUGCCAAAGCACCAGAUCAAAUCCAAAACUUAAAGUCAAAAUAAGCCAUUCAGCACGUUCAAUUUCUUGGAAAAGGAAGCUUCUACCCCUGUUGUCUUUGUAGGCAAAUCUGUUCUCACCAUUAAUCUUUCUGAAAAUCUUUUAAAGCAGUUUUUUAAAAGAGAGAUGAAAGCAUCACAUUAUGUAACCAAAGAUUACAUUGUAUUUGCUAAGAUACCAAAAUUUAUAAGGACAGGGAGGGAGCAAGCAUUAGUGCCUCUUUGAUAAGCUAUCCAAAGACAGACUAAAGGACUUUGCUGGUGACUGACUUAUAAGAGCUUUGUGGGAUUUUUUUCCCUAGUAAUAUACAUGUUUAGAAGAGUUGAAAAUAAUUUGGGGAAAAUGGGAUUAUGGGUCCUUCACUAAGUGAUUUUAUAAGCAGAACUGGCUUUCCUUUUCUCUAAUAGCUGCUAAGCAAAUUCUUGAAGCUCCAUCAUUGCAUGGUUGGAGAUGGAGCUGUUCUUAGCCACUGUGUUUGCUAGUGCCCAUGUUAUCUUAUCUAAAGAUGUGAAACCCUUGCUAAUAAGGUGAGCAUUUAAAUAACUAGAUUUUGCACUAGAGGGACAGCAGGCAGAAAUCCUUAUUUCUGCCCACUUUGGAUGGCACAAAAAGUUUUCUGCAGUUGAAGGCAGAAGGUUGAAAUAUAAUGUAAAUGAAUAUUUGUAUUCAUGUUUCAAAAUUGAAAUAUAUAUGUAUAUAUGUAUAUGUAUACACAUAAACAUAUAUACACACACACGCACACACGCAUAUAUAUAUGUGUGUGUGUGUGCAUGUGUGUGUGUGUGUGUGUGUGUUCUGAUAGCUUUAUUUCUCUCUGCAUCUUUAUAUUUGGUUCCAGAUUACACCUGAUGCCAUGUACUUGUGAAAGAAGAUGCAGUUAUGUUUUGGAGGCUCUCUCAGAACAGACAAGACACCUAGAUUGAUCAGAUAACUAAAAGUUUUCUCCCCUAUUGCGUCUGACCUACAGGUCUCGUGAAAGGGCAGAGGGAGAAAAAGAGUAGACAACAUGAUGCAUUGUACUUUACUAGUUCAAGACAGAUGAAUUUGGAAAGGGUGACAAAAACCCAUUGGAAGUGGCUAGAAUUUACCACAGGGAAGGCCCAGACUUGGGGCCAAAAGCCUACCCAAGUGAUUGGCCAGUGGCCUCCUAAUGGGACCUGACAUGUUGGGAGAAGAGAACUGUUCCUUGGUCUUCACCAUCCUUGUGAGAGAAAGGCAGUUUCUUGCAUUGGAACCUGGAGCAAGCGCUCCAUGUUUCACACAAAUUGCGUCACCUGUGAUUGAGGUGCUCUUGUUACUGGGUGUAUGUGUGCUGUAAUUCUGAUUUUGGAUAUGUUCUGUGAAGAUUUUGACAAAUGAAAAUGUGUUUUUCUCUGUUAAAACUUGUCAGUGUACUGGAAGUUGUAUCUCUGUAGGUGCAGGUCCAACUCUGCCCACAGAUAGGGUGUUUUUCUUUGACAAAGAUUGACACUGAGACCUGUUGCCCAGGGCCUCCACAACUCAACCAUUUCUAGGUGAAGGCAGAAAAAUCCAUAUUAGUGAAUCCUCUUCAGACAUUUCAGAUGCAAUAACAAAUCUUUUGGAAUUUUUUUACUCCUAGAAAGAGUGGUAGGUGUUUGAAUUUAGCAGGUGGAAUUUUAUAGUAAAACACAGCUUUUGACUCAGCUUUGAUUUAUCCCCAUUUAAUUUGGCCAGAAAGUAGGUAAUAUGCAUCUAUUGGCUUCUGAUUCCAAUUCAUUGUAGCAGGGUACUGGGUUUUUUCUUUUCCUCACCCAUCUCUUAGCCUGUGGAAUUAAAUGAGAAGCCUUAGAACGGGUGGUCCUUGUGACCUGAAGCACUUCCCACAUAAGCUACUUAAUAAGAUUGUCAUGUAGCUGCAGAUUCCAUUGCCCACCAAAGACUAUAAUGCACACGUAUCCAUACACCAAAGGAAAGACAGUUCUGAAAUACUGUUUCUCUGGUGGUUCCCUCUCUGGCUGCUGCCUCACAGUGUGGGAACCUGUACUCUGCAGAGGAGACAAGCCAGGUUUGCAUUUUCUCACAAUCUUACCCCCUGGUGCUAACUGUCCUACAGUGAAGUGCCUGUGGGGUUGUCCAAGCCCAUAAGCCACUUUUGGAUGGUGAGAGCAGCCACCAUCCGAAUGACCCAUGAAAAAAAAAAAGAAGUCCCCUCACAACGCAGUGACACCUUUCUGCUUUCCUCUAGACUAGAACACUGAUUAGGGAGUGCCUCAGACAUGAUACUCUUGUGCCGUCCUUGGAUUAAUCUGGCAACAGGAGGGAGCAGACUAUGUAAACAGAGAUAAGAAUUAAUUUUCAAUGUUGGAGGAAAAAAAACAACGAAAGAGAGAGGGAAAUAAAGAAAGCAUCAUACAAAGAUUUUCUUAAAAGAAACAAUUUGGCUUGAAAUUUUAGAUGGGGCUCAGUUCUCACAGUGGCACUUGGCCUCCACUGGGCAGCAGGACCAGCGCCAAGUGCUAGUGCUCUGUUCUCUUUUUGUAAUCUUGGAAUCUUUUGUUGCUCUAAAUACAAUUAAAAAUGGCAGAAAUUUGUUUGUUGGACUACAUGUGUGACUUUGGGUCUGUCUCUGCCUCUGCUUUCAGAAAUGCCAUCCAUUGUGUAAAAUAUUGGCUUGCUGGUCUGCCAGCUAAAACUUGGCUGCAUCUCCUGUUGUGGCUGCAGGAUUGAGUUUCUGUUAACAAAGAGAACCAAGAAAAGCUGCUAAUGUCCUCUUAUCAUUGUUGUUAAUUUGUUAAAACAUAAAGAAAUCUAAAACUUCA